AUGGACGCAUCGACCCCUGUAUGUCCGAUGAUCGCCCCAAUGCACUCUCUCAUAUCGCCCCCUGCGCUAAAUUGCGGUCACCACAGUCUAUCUAUCCAUCCUCUCUCGCUACCGUUCUUCUGCUCCUGCCCCCCGCACCCGGCCACACAUCUCGCCUGCAUUGUGUUUCACUACACAGCCUUCGCGGGCUUCCUUGGUCCCUCACAACGCCCGCUCGCACUUCCCGUUACUAUCACCUCCACGGUCUGUCCGAUCGGCGCGCUUCCUGUCCCCCUAUCCAUACAUCACACGUCCGGUUCAGUCGACCUAGAACAAGAAUCUAAGCAUCUGGCCGACUUUAGCAAGCAACCAGACAAUGGCACUCACGAUGACAAUGACAAUGAUGAUGAAGGUCUAAGGCCCUCAGGCUCUGGAGGUGCUUCUUCAGCUAGACAGGCUAGUGGAUCUUCCAGAGGGAUUAUGAGAGGCAAUGCAGGUAUGAGUGGAAGAAAUAAGGGUGGUACAGGAUUUAAUAGUAGUUUUAGUAAAUACUUUUGCCUGUAA